AAGACAGCUGAUUUUUAUUUGCAGAAUAUUGAUAAUAAUAAUCACAAUGCGUUAUUGGCCUUUCUGGUCCACGGUCUCUUUGAAAUUUGUUUUGUAGUGUUUGUUGUCGGCUGAAGCAGUCUGGGAUCACGUUGCGAUCCUGCCCGAUGAAUUACCAUUUGCGAUCGGUGACAUCGUCUCGGUACUGGACUAUUCCUCGCAUGCGGAACUGUGGUACGGUAGCUGUCGCGAAAGAACCGGCUGGUUUCCGUCAUCAUAUGUUAGGGUACUGAACGGCAGUACCGCAAGCUCGGAAUCGAUACCGUCGAGUUAUUUCCCUCAGUCGAUGCGAUUCCUGCGUGCGAAAAUUGUCCAGGAAUUGAUGCAGACCGAGCGUGAUUACGUCAACUUGCUGCAGAAUAUUGUUCAAGGUUUUGUUGAGCAAUGCCGUCGUCGAAGCGAUCUGUUCCCGGCGGCACGUGUGCAACGACUUUUUGGAAACAUUGAAUCUAUUUAUGCAUUGCAUUGUAAAUUCUUGCGUGAGCUUGAAUUAGCAUUCAACCAGAGCAUUCCCGAGAGCUCCGCCAUCGGAACAGUCUUCCUUCGUAACCGUUCGAAAUUUGCCAUUUACUCGGAGUAUUGCAACAAUCGUCCAGUUUCGAGUGCUGAGUUGGCAGCGCUCACUGAACAACCGCAUUAUUAUCAGUUCUUUGAGGUAUGCUUUGAAAAACUUAUCAAUUCGGUCGGGGUAUAGGU